AUGGAGCACGAUACAUCAGACGAACGAAUACACAUGGUAUUUAAAUGCGUUUAUUUGUUUGGUUUUCUUUUAUGCUUGUUUUCAAUAACAAGCUGUCAAUUUAAUAAAGAUCACUUAACAAAAUUACAAGCAUUAGAAUGUGAUGAACCAUCUGUUACACUUCAUGUAUUUUCUGGAACAUCAAAUCCAGUUUGGAAAAUUAAUAUAAGACAACUAACUAAAAUUAAACAACUAGCUUAUGAAUCUUUGUAUCAACAUAAUAACGUUACAUUAUUAAGUAAGCCAACAACAAGAAUUAUGGGUUAUCAAGGAUUCACAAUAAGUUGUUCUUCUGACAAGCCUGUUUUUGUUCAUGGCUUAUCUCCAGUUGAACAUUUGUUAUUGCUUGGUGGUCGUCAUUAUCUUUCGGCAUCGGUUAUCCGUCAUGUCAGAGAUCAUGUCGGAGAAGUUAUGUCUGACAUUACUCAUAUAGAGUCUAAUAAUGCUGAUUGUAACCAUGUUCCAAUCGUAGGUCCUGAUACUGUACCUAAAUAUGAUCCAAAAUCAGAUGAUGAAGGAUGUUUCAUUACAAGACAAACGGAAAACAAUUGUUAUGCUUACGGUACUGAUAUUGUUACAAAUACUUAUCCCCAACCGGGUCGAGGUAGUGGAAAGAUAUGGUCAUCCAAUACGUGUGUAGAUAUGGGAAAUGCAUCUGUUCGUGAUGGUUUAGUUUACAAUGGCACAAAAUUACCAAAAACUCCACCAGAAAAUGGUCACUUUGCUGCAUUGCUUAUUUGGCCAGACACAAACUUUCAUUGGAUAAGAAUGGAUGCAAAUGGUUAUUGGUCACAUAAACCAGGAGGUACACCAGUUCGCAACAAAGAUAACAGAGGCUUACCGAUCGUCGAUCCUUCAAAAUCUGAUUUCUCGCCCUGGACACAAUUCUGUUCAUAUUUCAUUGCACAACCAUCAAAACUUCGAAUCAAAUAA